CAUGUCUCUACAUUUAUGUCCGAUAUGUGUACACAAAUCAAGUGCAACAAAAUUUAUGAAUCUUUGAAAUUGGCGAAAUAAGAAAAAUAAGAAUAAACUAUUAUAAAUAAUCUACAAGAUGUGCACCAUAAUCCUUUUGCAACCCCUUUGUCACCCGAAAGAGAAUUCGUUAUUAUCAUCUAAAGAAAAGAGAAGGUCAAAGAAAAGAUUUAAUAUUGUAAUACACGCGGUAGGAAGAACAUGAAGUCGUCGGAUUUCUAUCGCAAAAGCGAUUACAAAGAGUAUUACAAACUUUUACAAUUCUUUAUGCGUAUAUGCGGUCUCUGGCCUUAUCAAUCGUUUUUCGCUAAAUAUUUCUUUAUAACGAUGACAAUAUUCUUAAGCGAAGGGAUACUCGUUGGACAGUUAAUAGAGGUAAUACAAAUUCGAAGCGAUUUAAACGAAGUUAUCGAUUGUAUACCUAAUUUAUUGAUAUCCAUCAUUGUUGGAAUAGAAUUCAUAGGCCUUCUAUUCAAUUCGGAAAAGUUGAAGAAAUGUAUCGAUAGAAUCGCUGAGGAUUGGCAAGAUUUAUCUUCGAAUGCGGAAAUUAAGCUGUUGAAGGCGUUUACCGUUCAAGGACAAAAGUUAGCUUUCGUUUACUUAUUUCACGCGUCAUUUACCGGCUUCAUGUUUUUGCUGCAACCAAUCGUGCUGAGCUUCAAUUCUGAUAAUUCAACAAAUAUAAUCUCUACUAUUCCGUUUCGCGUGCGAUAUGGCAUCGAUAUAGAAAAAUAUUAUUACGAGAUAUUAUUUCAUUGUUACGUUUCCGUAUUUUCCCAUUUGAUCAUUUUAUCUUCCAUAAAUUUAAUAUACAUUUCGUUUAUUCAACACGCCUGUGGAUUAUUUUCCGUAAUCGGAUAUCAAUUGGAACAUAUUGGCAAUGAAGAACGUUUGGACGUUGAUCUGAAUAUUAAAAGGGUCGAUGAUAAUAAUUAUUAUAUUGCUUUAAAUUGUCUACGAAAACAUAUUAAAGUUAUAGAGUUCGUAUCAAUAUUAAAUUAUUUUGUCUUUUUUCAAUCCAAUUUGAAAUUACAAUUUUAUAGAUUUUCCGAGUUCAUAGAUGGAUCAUUCUCGGUUAGUUAUUUAUUUAACUUGGGAUUGUUCGUGUUAAUUUUAGCUGUUUCUGGUACUCAGGUAUUAAUGCAUACCGAUCAAAUAAAUGAAGCUGUGAGAUACGGCAGUCUCUUUAUCUCUAUACUUAUACAAAUAUUCUGGCAAUGCUGGCAAGCACAGCGCUUAUUGAAUUGUAGUAAUAUGCCUUACGAGGGCGUGAAUCAAGGACAUUGGUACUAUACUUCAACUCGUUGCAAGAAAAUUCUUACCUUGAUCAUGAUUAGAUCUUCGAAACCAUGUGAGAUAACAGCAAUGAAUUUAAUGACUUUCUCCAUAGAAACGUUCAGUUCGUUAUUACGGACGGCGAUGUCUUACUUCACCGUAUUGCAAUCAAUCCAUUGAAUUAUUACAUGGGAAUAUAUUACAUCCGAAAUAGCAAAUAGUAAAUAGAAUAAUCUAUUUCGAUUGUGAGAGAUAGCAGAUUAUAUAAUUAAUAAAUAAAUAAAAUGACUGUGAUAAAAUAUAGUUAGGUACAUUACGUUUCUGAAGAUAGUUCGAUUUCCUUAUAUUUCUUCGUAUCAUUCUUAUAUUCUUCGAUCUAUGAAUCUAUCUCUCUCU